CAUUAUUACGGCUUUCACCGCAUCUCGUCUCUCCGUCGCCUCGGGCCGAGCUCCACAUCGCCGCCGACCGGACGCAGCCGACACCUGCCUGCCGCGUUCACGCGCGCUCGGCUUCGGAAAGAGCGAAUCGACGGUGGCAGACAUGUGAGUUGCGGAGCGUCGUUUCUCCACUUCGGUGCUGCUAGGUGCUAUUGUAGCCCCACACCGACGCUCAUUGCGCCGUUUAGCGUCACGGGCGGCGUGCUUUUGGGAGCUCAGUGAGGGCUAAUGGAGCGAGCUGGCUCUGGUUGAAGUGCUCCAAUGGAUGCAUGCAAGCAUGGAUGGAUGGAGUCUCUGGAUGCGUGACAAGUUUGUAACGUAGGCUCGGGCGCGCAGAGAUUGUAGUGGAUGCGUGUGGAUUUCAACCCUAGUCAGAUGUGGAGGCCCGGCCAGGAGCGUUCACACUGCGGCGAGGGUGCAUGUGUUUUGCUGGCCGGGCCGAGAAGCACAUACGGCGGAGGGAGUCUGCAGCGUGACCACCAGGGCAGAUGGACAAGAACAUGAAACUUCUCAUGAAGAUGUCCGUCCAACAAAGCAGGUGGCAUGUGACAACGACAAGACCCAGGAGAAGAUCCUGGGACUGAAGCACGCGUCCCUUCACACCGAUGGCCUGGACUGAGUUUCAGCUGGCCCACUGAAGCCAUGGGGAGCUGUUGGAGCUGUCUCUACAGGGACCCCAUCCGAGACAACCAUCUCACCAAGUUUAAGGUCAUCAAUGUGGACGAUGAAGGCAACGAGCUGGGCUCUGGUAUCAUGGAGCUCACCCAGACCGAGCUCAUUCUUCACACGCGCAAAAGGGACGCCAUCAGGUGGCCGUACCUCUGCCUGCGCCGCUACGGCUACGAUUCCAACCUGUUUUCUUUUGAGAGCGGGCGUCGUUGUCAGACCGGACAGGGAAUAUUUGCCUUCAAGUGCUCUCGGGCAGAGGAGAUCUUCAACCUGCUCCAGGAGCUGAUGCAAUGCAACAGCAUCAAUGUGGUGGAAGAGUCCAUGAUGAUGUCUGGCAGCGGCCACACGCCAGAGAUGGAGAUGUCUCGCGCACCACAGACACCCAACACUCCAGCAUUCCCCGUGCCGACUUUUCCCAACGGAUACCCUGGUUAUCCAAUCAGAGGGGAUUCCUCCCAACCUUCCCAUGUGGAGGAUCAUGGACACAAUCUGAUGGCUUUGGAAGACCAGACUCACACUUAUGUGAACACAGUUAGCAUGGAGGGGGAUCUCGCCAUGCGUCACUGUGUGCACUCCUUACCUGAGGUGCGGCCCAGCACUUUCACCGAAACGACACGAGUUGGGGGACAAGGGAGCACACAGCCAAACCUGCGGCGUUGUCCCCUUGAGGAGCAUCAAGAGCCGCAGGUGUUCCUACAGCCAUCGUCACAGGAGGUCAAGUUCAUGCUUGGCCCCACUCCGGCUCAGCGUCAUCUACUGCAAAGGGAGCGGGAGAGGGAGCGGCUCGCUCACGGUACCCACAGCCUUCAGCCAGUAGAGGGCACAACAGGCUCAGAGACGGACGGAGACGAACCCUCCCUGCACAUGUGCAAUACCUUCUCCUAUCACCAUUUCCAUCACCACCCGCACCGGCACCCGUGCCACGAGCACCCGGAGAGGUGCCGAGGCGCCGAGCUCACCUACGAGAACAUCAACGGCCUGAGGAGCGGCCGAAAGCAGCGGCUGAGUCCCAGCAGCGUGUCCCAGUCGGUGGGCUCGAGCAGCAGCAGCAGCACCGGGGACAGUCACGCCCACACCCUCCUGCACCCGCACGGCCCGUCCUCGCUUCCCCCGCAGGGCUACGGCUGCGAGAGGCCCGUGGCCGGAGGUGGUCACCGCCGGACGGCCCUGCUUAACUACGAGAACCUGCCCUCGCUUCCCCCCGUGUGGGAGUACAGCGCCCUGCAGCGCGACGACGAGCAGGAAGAAGACGACGACGAGGCCGACGAGGAGGAAUACGAAGAGGAGGAGGAAGACUUCGACGAGUAUGAGUUCUCGGAAGGCCCCGAGACGAACAACGGGUACCACCCGGACGGGCGGGGCAUCCACAGAGAUGCCCUGCAGAACUACGUCAACACAGAACAGGUGCAGCCGCCCACAAUGCGACACAGCUGCCCGCCGCAUCCACGACCGUGUCAGCCCGACAGAGGGGGGCGCAUAUUUAACUUUGAUUUCCGCAGACGCUCAAGGUCAGGGGUUGGAGUCUGCGAGCACGGGCACAUGCCCCCGUCACGGCAACUGAACUACAUCCAGGUGGACCUUGAGGGAGAACCGCCCUGCCAAGCUCUCGGCGCCGGCGGCGGUGGGGGCGGACAGCCACACCAGCGCCUCCCGCUCCAAAAGUGUGGCCCGCAGGCACCCCGCCGCAGCGAAUGCUACGCAGUCAUCGACCUGAAGAAGACGGCGGCCAUGUCGAACCUGCAAAAAGCUCUGCCCAGGGAUGAUGGCACUUCCAGAAAGACUCGCCACAACAGCACAGACCUGCCUCUGUAAACCCCGUCGACCGUGACGAGCAGACACUGCGACAGAUGAAAGGCUCAUCCUCAUUUUAGCACACUGGACCCUUCACUGUCAUCCGUCCAUUUCGACUAUGGCGCUGACUAAAACAGUACAGGUACCAGAUUAGAACCCUACUGUAUCAGUGUCUAUAAAAGGGAACUUCUGAAGGAGAAUUUUGCCAUUUGAUGCUGUUAUUUAUUAGCUGUGUUGUGACGUUCUCUCCGGAAUUUCACUUUCAAGUGCAAAUACUGUUUGCUUGAUUUCUAACGAUUUCGCAUAUCGACAAUAUGCGGGAGCAGUGAGAACGGAGGCAUUUUCAUUGUGUAACUUAACCAUGAUUCCCCCCCCCCCCCCCCACAAACUUCCUCUCUUCUUGUGUUUCUACUUCCCCAACCAGCACAUCCAUGUGACAGCCCCUCGCUUCCUUGUGAGAGGCCAAACGCAUACCGAGGUGUAGCCUACCAUUUAUUUUGAUGACGUUUCCGGCCGUCGUCCGUCAGUAGAGCAGUUUGCACACAAUCCUAUGGAAUUGUAUUCUUUGGGUUAUAGGGAGAGUUUUCACAAUCACAAACAAAACAAAAAAAAAAAAAAAAAGAACCAAGUGAGGUUGAGAGGUUGUUUUGGGAGAAUUCAACUAAGCUCAAGGGACAAGUAGCACAAAGUGAAUCCGGUGAGCCUCGUCCCUCGCCCAAGUAGCAUAUCACCCUCCAUCACACCUCCAUCCACUGCGUACGAUAAUGCACUUUUGAACCCAGACGAGUGAGGACGCUGUUUAUUUUAACAUCCCCUGCACCUGAGCCACAGGUUUCUCAUUUUCGAAAAAGAAAAAAAAAAAAAAACAUAAGCGGGCCACAUACUGUAUUUCAUAGCCAGCAUUUGUAGUACUUCAAAUGUUUGCGAGACAACAUCUGUAACUUGACAGAGUGGCAUUAAUCUUAUUAGCCUCGCCUAAAAUGUGCCGAUUCUACACUUUGCCCAUCAUCAGGUAUGAAUGCCCUGCGUGAAAGGUAAUCAAAGUUAUCUUUUUGGAUUGCUAAUCCACACUUUAGUGAGGUAUUUAUUUAUUUAUUUCAUUAUUUAUUCGUUCUCGCCUUAACGUGUCCAACGGUUGCGUUCCAUGUGACAACCAGCAUAUUUUUAUCUGUAAUCCAGUUAAUCUGGAGACCAAAGUUUCACUUUUGACUGGUCCGUGCGUGAUUCUAUGUUGACAAAAGACAGACUUUAAGUGCCAAAAAUGUAAAAAAAAAAAA